AUGUUCAGAUGUCUCCAGAUCGGCGUCAUCGUUGCGUCCAGGAAAGUUGGCAACCCGGACAACGUGGCCACACCGAUCGCUGCGAGCCUUGGAGACCUGAUCACCCUGUCCCUGCUGGCUGGCAUCUCCACAGGACUGUACAAGGAGCUGGAGUUCAACAACUACGCCAACCCACUGGUGUGUGCUGCGUUCGUGGCCAUGUGUCCCCUGUGGGUCCUUAUCGCCAGGAAGAUCCCAUCCACGAGGGAGGUCCUCUACUCUGGAUGGGAGCCCGUCAUCAUUGCCAUGGCCAUCAGCAGUGUCGGUGGACUGAUCCUCGACAAGACUGUUACCAACCCAAACUUCGCUGGUAUGGCUGUUUUCACCCCCGUCAUCAAUGGUGUGGGCGGUAACCUGGUCGCCGUUCAGGCCAGUCGGAUCUCCACCUAUUUGCACAUGAACGGUCUGCCCAUGGGGGAUCCCAACCCCCCCAGGAAGUGCCCCACACCCUGCUCAUCCUUCUUCGGUUCCACUGUGAACUCUCGCUCUGCUCGUGUGCUCUUCCUCCUCGUGGCCCCGGGUCACCUGGUCUUCCUCUACACCAUCAACUCUCUGAGGGGAGGCCACACCACCCUGACCCCCAUCUUCAUCACCUUCUACCUGGCUGCUGCACUACUGCAGGUGAUGAUCCUCCUCUACCUGGCCGACUGGAUGGUUCACUGGAUGUGGGGUCGAGGCAUGGACCCCGACAACUUCUCCAUCCCGUACCUGACGGCCCUGGGCGACCUGCUGGGGACCGGCUUCCUCGCCCUCUGCUUCCACAUGCGCUGGUUCAUCGGGGACAGAGACAGUAAUUUGGGCAAUUGAAUGCAUGCACCAACACGUGCGCACACACAAAAAAAACAAAAGAAAGAAAAAUUUGAAUCGGCUUGUACGAACAGCGACAAACAUCACCCUUAUGCCUGAACUUUAUGUGACUCUGUGAACAGUACAAGGGCUAUUCUUCUGUGGGGCUCUGACUGACGGACAUGACAGGCCAGUAGUGUUUGAUCCUCAUCGUAUCAGGACGACACUGAUGCGCCGCAGCCCGCUACUCGCCGCAGCGACCGUGGAACAAACCCCCCUCGUAUGACGGAUCCAGCCCCACAGACUUCUACUACUCCUCUACUUUACGUAAUAAGAGUCCUACUACUUUUGUUGUUGUUAUACUAUUGAAAUUAUUAUUUUGGUAAAUAAUGCUUUUAAUAUGAAUCCAUAUCUCGGUUAAGGGCAAGUCUUCAUUAUUUUCAAUGGGGACGUUCCCGUUUAUAAAUGAUUUAAUUUUAACACUUGAAACAAAACGGAGAAAAAAAAACAAAACAAAAGAGAGCAAAAAUUUUAUCCAGACAGGCCUAGAAUGCUUAAUCACCAAGUGCUAUGAUGUAAACAGAAGCGAAUGGAUGUUUAUGUACAAAUGAAAAUUAUUCUUGACGUAGUGCAUAGGGCUAGCUGUUGUCUCUCUUUUACUUUGGUCUCGCCGCGUGUACGAAACAGGAGUUGGCGUUUACUACAGGGGACUGGACCACAAACAUAACAGCUCAAAUCCCUUCUGGCGUAGCUCCAAUCAUUGCUUAAUUCCAGUCAGAACAGAAAGUGGAGGUCGUCAUUCCUGUACCUCCUGUACUCCCUCACAAUCCUGGCUUUUGAGAAUUGUCAAUAUCAGAUUAGAACGAACACUUACAUCAGCCACUAAAAGGAUUAAUUGACCUCUUACAUUAAGACUUGCCUAAUAAUCGCCUGUUCUCAACUAUUUAUUAGCGAGGAUUGCUUGUAAUUAACACAAUAGCCUUUUGUAAUCCCUCCAAAAAAC